AUGAUCAAUGCUGGCAUCAGACCGGAUCCCAUAGUCUUCACUGCUGUGCUUACAGCUUGUGCUUAUACUGGCAAGGUAGCUGAUGCUCGUAAAGUUUUUAACUCCAUGCAGGUUGUGUUUGGUAUCAAUCCGGUGAUGGAGCAAUAUGCUUGCAUGGUUUCUGGAUUCAGCCGUGCAGGGAUGCUAAAGGAUGCACUUGAGCUUGUCAGCAGCAUGCCAUUUGAACCAAAUGCAAAGGUCUGGGGUCCAUUGCUUAAUGGAGCAGCAGAAUUCGGUGAUGUUGAGCUUGGUAGAUUUGUAUUCGAUCAACUAUUUAUGAUUGAGCCUAAGAACACCGGUAAUUACAUUGUGAUGGCUAAUUUGUACUCAAAUGCUGGCAAAUGGGAAGAAGCUGAGAUCAUAAGGAGCAUGAUGUGGGGAGUUGGGCUCGAGAAGGUUCCUGUGUGUAGUUGGAAUUGA